GAGCUGGAGCUGAUGAAGGAGCGGUUCUCCAAGCUGCUGCUGGGCGAGGACAUGUCCGGGAGCGGCAAGGGCGUCUGCACCGCGCUCGCCAUCUCCAACGCCAUCACCAACCUCUGCGCGACGAUUUUCGGGCAGCUGUGGAGGCUGGAGCCGCUGGCGCCGGAGAAGAAGGCCAUGUGGCGGCGGGAGAUGGACUGGCUGCUCUGCGUCAGCGACCACAUCGUCGAGCUCGUGCCCACUUGGCAGACCUUCCCUGACGGGACCAGGCUUGAGAUCAUGACGAGCAGGCCCCGAUCCGAUCUGUACAUCAAUCUGCCGGCGCUCCGGAAGCUAGACCACAUGCUGCUCGAAACACUGGAGAGUUUCAGGGACACCGAGUUUUGGUACGUCGACCAGGGGAUAUGCGCGCCGGACUGCGACGGUUCGGCCUCGUUCCGGAGGCCGGUCCACCGCCGUGACGAGAAGUGGUGGCUGCCCGUGCCUCGACUGGCCCCCGGCGGCCUCCGCGAGGCCACCAGGACGCAGCUGGAGCACAAGCGCGACUGCGCCAACCAGAUCCUCAAGGCCGCCAUGGCCAUCAACAGCAAUGCCUUGGCAGAGAUGGACGUCCCCGACUCGUACCACGACUCCCUGCCAAAGAAUGGGCGCGCCACGCUUGGCGACAUCAUAUACCGGUACAUCACGUCGGAGCAGUUCUCUCCUGACUGCCUCCUCGACUGCCUGGACCUAUCGUCCGAGUACCAGGCCGUGGAGAUCGCCAACCGUGUCGAGGCCUCCAUCUACGUAUGGCGCCGGAGGGGCACCGCCGCCGGCAGGUCGGCGGGCACCAAGUCGUCUUGGGGCAUCGUCAAGGAGAUGAUCAUGGACACGGAGAAGCGAGGGGACCUGCUCGCCGAACGAGCCGAGGGCCUGUUGAUUUCACUCAAGCAGAGGUUCCCAGGGCUGACGCAGACGAGCUUGGACAUGAGCAAGAUCCAAUACAACAAGGAUGUGGGGAAAUCGAUCCUGGAGAGCUACUCGCGGGUUUUGGAGAGCCUGGCCUCCAACAUCAUCGCGCGCAUCGACGACCUGCUCUACGUGGACGAGCUAACCAAGCAGACCGACCAACCUCCCGCCGGUGCCAAGGUUUCCUCCUGCAAGAACAGCAAGGCUGUCAACGCGCCGUUGCCGGCGUACCCGGUGCCCGUCUCGGGCACGGUGUACGCCACGCCGAGCUUCUCGCCGGCGCAGCUGUCUAGUCCGUCCAAGAUCGGGAGGGCGCUACUGGUCGAUAGGCGGGCGCACCACGGCAGGGCCUCCAAAAGGUCCUUGCUGGCAGUGGCAGACCACGGCGGCGGCGCCGAGGUCAAGGGGAUACUCGUCACCAGCGCCGUGUUCGACGCCCCGUUGGCCACGGAGCUGUGA